AUGCCCCCAUCUACAUUAACAGAACUGAGGGCCGAGCACGUCAAGUUCCAAGGAGUGACGAUAACCGACAACUUGUCCUGGACUUCCCACCUAGAUGCAAUGGGCAAGAAGGCACAACAACAUUGCCUCAUCUUCCUCUGGAGCCUGAGGAAAUUCAGCAUGUCCACAAGCAGCCAGGCACAGUCUCCCCUGACCCAGAAUGUGACAGCAAUCCAAGGAGGGACUGCAACACUGACCUGCAAGGUGGACCAAAAUGACAACACCUCCCUCCAGUGGUCGAAUCCAGCCCAGCAAACCCUCUACUUUGACGAUAAGAAAGCUCUGAGGGAUAACCGGAUUGAGCUGGUCCGAUCCUCAUGGCAUGAACUCAGCAUCAACAUCAGUGAUGUGACUCUGUCAGAUGAAGGGCAAUACACAUGUUCUCUGUUCACCAUGCCUGUGAAGACUGCCAAAGCCUUUCUCAUUGUGCUCGGAGUUCCUCAGACCCCUGUAAUAAGUGGUUUUAAAGGACCAGUUAAUGAAGGAGACUUAGUGGAUCUGACGUGUACCACAGUUGGAAGUAAACCAGCUGCUAACAUCCGAUGGUUCAAGGGUGAUAAAGAGAUUCAAGGAGUGAAAGAGCCUGACUCCAAAGGCAAGACCUUCACAGUGAGAAGCACCCUGGGCCUACAGGUCGACCGUAACGAUGAUGGUGUUGCUGUGAGCUGCUCUGUGGACCAUGAAUCGCUUCGCUCUUCACCACAAGUGGCCAAGCAAGUCCUUGAUAUUCAAUAUGUACCUUCAGUGAAGAUUGAUUUCUCCAGGAACUUUGCGCGAGAGGGAGAUGAAUUGAGGCUGGAGUGCCGUGCGACUGGAAACCCAACGCCCGAGGCAGUGAAGUGGAAGAAAGAUGGGGCGGAGCUGCCGGAUCCUGACCGCAUGGUGGUUGAGGGUAAUGUGCUGAUCAUCAGCGCCCUGAAUAAAACCGACAAUGGCACAUAUUACUGUGAGGCAGCGAACACCAUGGGCCACAACAGUGCUGAGUACAUCCUGUUUGUAUACGAUCCCAGUGCCCUGGCCGGACAGUCUGGUCCUGACCACGCUGUGAUUGGUGGAGUGGUAGCGGUCGUUGUUUUCAUCACCCUGUGUUUGGUGAUAGUUCUCGGGAGGUACCUGGCUCGACAUAAAGGAACCUAUCUGACCAAUGAGGCGAAGGGAGCUGAGGAUGCCCCUGAUGCAGACACAGCGAUCAUCAACGCUGAGGGGAGUCAAGCAAAUGCAGAGGACAAGAAAGAAUAUUUCAUCUGA